AUGUCAAGCUCCUUCGCCAAUAUCACAACCUUACCACCAGACCCAUUGUUCGGGCUUUCGGCCCGUUUCAAGGCAGAUGACAGAUCGAGUAAGGUUGACUUGGGGAUCGGUGCCUACAGAGACAACAGCGGUAAGCCAUGGAUCUUGCCGGCCGUCAAGUUGGCCGAAAAGAAGUUGCAGAGCGACAACACCUACAACCAUGAGUACUUGCCAAUUUCUGGACAUCAACCUUUCACAUCCGCCGCCGCCAAGGUAAUUUUGGGUAGUGACAGCGCCGUCAUCAGGGAUGACGCCGUAGUCUCGAUCCAAUCGCUUUCGGGAACUGGUGCCUUGCACGUUGCUGCCUCGUUCUUGAACAAGUUCUACACCGCUGGUGAAAACGAAGCGGCCAGAAAAACCAUCUACAUCUCGAAUCCUACCUGGGCCAACCACGUACAGAUUUUCGAGUCGGUGGGCAUGAAAACCGCCCAGUAUCCGUACUGGGACGCAGACACCAAAUCUCUUGACUUGAAGGGCUUCUUGGCCGCCAUUGAGGCCGCCCCACGUGGCUCUAUCUUCUUGCUCCACGCAUGUGCUCACAAUCCCACCGGCUUGGACCCUACGCAGGCGCAGUGGAAGCAGAUUAUCAAGGCUAUCAACGAUAGGGGCCACUUGCCAAUCUUUGACUCGGCCUACCAGGGUUUUGCGUCCGGGUCCUUGGAAGCCGAUUCCUGGGCCGUGCGCUACGCUAUCGCCGAGCAGAGCAAGACUCAACAGCCGAUCUUCAUUUGCCAGUCGUUUGCGAAGAACGUCGGCAUGUACGGUGAAAGAGCCGGUGUCAUCCACGUGAUUUCCCCGGAUUUCAAGAACAAAAAUGCCUUCCAGGCGGUCUCCACCAACUUGCAGAAGAUCAUCAGAUCUGAGCUCUCGAACCCGCCAGCCUACGGUGCCAAGGUGGUUGCUACUGUCUUGAACUCCCCGGAGUUGUAUAAACAAUGGGAACAGGACUUGGUCACCAUGUCCAGCCGUAUUUCACUGAUGAGAGCUAGCUUGAAGCUGGCGUUGGAUAAGUUGGAAGGUCAAACCGGAGGCAACUCCAACUGGGAACACAUUGUAUCCCAGCAGGGGAUGUUUUCCUUCACCGGGUUAAGCGCCUUACAGGUUUCUAGAAUGGAGAAGGAGCACGCCGUGUACUUGGUCAGCUCCGGGAGAAUCUCCAUGGCCGGAUUGAACGAGGACAAUGUCGAGUACGUGGCGAAGGCCAUCCACGAGGUUGUCGGCCACACCUACAGCGAGACCAGAGCGGUAAUUUAG